GGAGCCUCCCAGCUCCCGCUCCGUCCUCAUUCCUGCUCUCUGCGCUCACAUUCUCCUCCAGCUCCCGACCCCAAUUUUGGGAUCUCCGGACCCCGAGUCGCUUUGUGCCUCGUAGACCUCCUUUGGAGCUAUGGAGGAUUUAGAUGCUCUACUUGCCGACCUUCAGGUUACUCCUCCGACUCGAUGUCCAGUCUUGUUAACUGAUUGUCUUGAAAAAUCCGAGAGAUGUGAAGAGCGGCCUCUCCCGCCCCCGUAUGACCCUCAGACAGCCUUGCCUUUUCCGAGUGCUGAUGCGGAGGACUCCCCUACAGACAAGAGCCAUCUUUACAGUACAGUAAAGAAGUGCGGCCUCCCCUCCGUGCCAGCGAGCGUCGGGGGCGGUUUGUGUGAGCUGGACCGUCUGCUCAACGAACUCAACGCCACUCAGUUUAAUAUUACAGAUGAGAUCAUGUCCCAGUUUCCACCAAGAGAAAAAAAUGCAUCUGAAAUACCAGAUGAACGAAGGGCUUUGUUGGCGUCCUCCGCCACGCUGGAGCUGGACAGACUAAUGGCAUCGCUUUCAGACUUUCACAAACAAAACACGGUCAGAAUUGUAUUUUUUCCUCUCAGCUUGUAAUCCUAACCCCUCCAUGAUGAUCACUCCACCAUCCCGGAUUCUCUGAUG